AUACUUAGAAUGCACAUUAGGAAGACAUACUGUUGCUUUCGGUCUUAGGAUCUGAUCGAAAGAUCACAUAAGAGUUUUGCGCAUUUGUUUCAACAAUGUCAAGUUUUUUUAUCUUAUUGUUUUACUUUGUUUGUUGUAUUUUAAUUGGUUUUGUGACAGUAUCGAAACCAUUGUCAGUUUUACUGAUACAAGCUCUCCCAUCGAUCAGUCAUCACAUCUGGACGGAGCAUUUGGUUAAAGGACUGCUUCGCGAAGGCCAUCAUGUACACACAGUGAGCAUACUCGAGACUAAGAUCGAGAGUAAACUAGCGGAAAACUUGACGUACGCCAUUUUUGAAGAUGCGAUGGCUCCUUCUCCUGAAUACAUGGAUUAUAGCCCUGAUCAGUGGGCACAUUUCAACGAAUUUUAUAUGUCAUACGCUACAUAUCUGUGGGGCAUCAUAAAAUGUGACAAAAUGACAAAAACCAAAGCAGCGAGAAAUCUUUUAGAAAUGGUCAAAACUGUCGAGUUUGACGUUAUAGUGUCGGACAUUACUCUACAUCAUUGUUUCUAUGGAUUGUGGGAGGUUGCUAAGGGUAAGCCACCCGUAGUGGGCCUUAUUCCGUCCGGCACUGCACCUUGGAUUAAGGAUUAUACCGGUUCAAGUUAUCCGACUGUUCGACCUUAUACAAGUUCGGGUAUUGCAAAACCUGUAGGCCUAUGGCAGAAGACGUGGAAUACUGUGUAUUUUAUCGCCGACGAUUUCAUACGAUACUAUUAUUUCUUACCUAUCGUUCAACAGCUUGCUGAAGAAUACGUAGGCCAUGCAAUCAGGCCACUACAUGAAAUAGAAAAAGACAGAAUUAAUAUAGUACUAAUUAAUAGUCACUCUGCGUUUGAGCCUGCAAUCCCAUUGCCGCCGAAUGCUUUGGAAAUUGGAGGAUUUCAUGUCCAGGCCAUAAAACCGAUUCCUGGAGACAAAGUCGUAACGUAUCCCGAGAACAUGCGCGUAUUUCUUGACGAAGCAAAGAACGGAGCCAUCGUAAUAUCGUUAGGAUCAAACGUAGAAUGGAAAGGUGUCGGCAUAGACAAGGCUAAAGCCGUUAUACUGGCUCUGUCAAAAUUGAAGCAACGAGUGCUUUGGAAGUUAGAUAUUAAAUUACCAUUUCAAGUACCGAAAAAUAUAAUGAUUAUGAAGUGGAUUCCGCAAAAAGAAGUUCUGUCUCAUAAAAAUGUUAAAGCAAUCUGGGCGCAUGGUGGUAUCUUUGGCACGCAAGAAGCCAUUUGGGAAGGUGUACCAAUAAUUGUUACACCUGUCUUUUCGGAUCAAAAAUCCAAUGCAGCAAUAAUAGUAGCUAAAGGUGUUGGUAUUCGUUUGGAUAUUAAAACUUUGUCCACGCAGUCAGUAUUACACGCGAUUGAAGAAAUACUUUACAAUAAAAGUUAUACAAGAAACAUGAAACGAUUAUCCUACGAAUUCCGGGAUCGGCCAAUACCGCCAUUAGAUUUAGCUGUUUGGAGCAUUGAAUAUACCGUCCGUCAUCCAAAUAGAAGUUUAGCAACGUCGCUGAGAUCUCAGAGCUGGGUGGUUCAAAAUCUGAUUGAUAUCUACGUAUUUCUUGUUUUUAAUCUUUUAAUAAUAUUGUUAAGUAUAUUCUUUGCAAUAAAGUUACUCAUUAAUUUUUAUUAUAGUCGCAUUGUGUCUAAAUUGCGCAAGACUAAACAGUCGUAAGUUGUUGAAAUAUUAACAGAUAUUUCGUAUAGUUAUAUGUAAUGUUAAAUAUAAUCUAAGAAGAUAGAAUUAAUGUGUGUAAAUAUAGAAAACGUGUAGUAUCAGCUGCACACAUAUUGUAAUUAAUAUAGUGUGCUGUAUUACAAUAAAUAUAUUGCUAAAAUAAAUAAAGAUACUGGUAAACA